UGCAUUGUGGGGGAGGAUGCGAACUCUGUUGAGGCUCAUAUCAAGAUACUGCUUGAGCAAUACAGAAAGUUGCAUCCCAACAUGAAUCUGGUGAAAGACCGCAUGAUGAAAACCUUUGCAUGGAGACGCCGAGAAAUAGCAGAAGGAAUGUUAACUGAAGAUCUGUUGACGAGAUAUCCAUUCCUAAGAACAUCCGCAGGGUUGUGCGAUGAGGUUGAUCCCAUGCACCCCUCUCCAGUCAACAUAUGCCACCGCAUCAGUGAGAACUUCACAUCUAUUCUCCCAAAUAUGCUGAAACUUGUCAAGGAUUCGUCACUGAAAAAACUAUACAUGGAAGCAAGAGAGGAUGCCUUGGCUGAGGAUAUUAAAGGAAUUGAUUUCAGGGGUGGACUCCUCCUCUUGCCAUCCAUAUUCAAGGAGAAGAUUGAGGAUUUCAUUAUGCUUGGACAGAAAAAUCCUCAAACUCCAUAUCCAACCGUUCAACCGAAAGCACAAGGGUUGAAAUUUGCCUUCUCCAGACAGUGCCAGAGUGUGGUCAAUGUCGAGGGAAUUGAGGUCUGUUCUUGCACUUCGGUGGAUGAAGCCUUCAUUGCAGCCUUCUGCAUGUACUUUGUCUUCAACAUGGCAUAUCCUGGAUACUUGAAAAAGACACUGACCUUUCUCCAGAGGCGCAUCGCAAACAUCACGGUGGAUGGAGACAAAUCCCUGCCGGAACACGUCCGCCAGGUCCUUUUGGAGAAUAAACUUCAUGUAAAAGCAGAGAAGUGUGACUUCCAUCAGAGUUCGGUCCCCUUCGUCGGGUUCAUCAUAGAGAGUGGACAGGUGUCUGCAGACCCGGAAAAGACCAAGACGGAAAAAGAAAUGGCCAUGCCCUCCGUACAGGAACGAGGUCUGGGUAUCCUCCAGAAACAUCCCCCUGCGUACGGCAUCCCGCAAGCUCUCUUGGGAACGUCCCCUGUGUUCCCCUACUGA